AUGAGCAUGGAGGAGAUGCUGAAAAAGAUCAUGGCUGAUCAAGACCAGUUAGCUGAUGAUGUAAACGUGGUAGGUACUCGUAGUAGUUUGCAAUUGGAGGAGUUAGCUCUUAAGAAGAGGAACACUGAAACUGCGAAUAGAGAAAGCGAACCCAAGGAGAGCAAAGUUGUUGUACAAGAAGAAAAAGUGCAACCAAUAGUGAAACCACCUCCUCCAUUCCCUCAAAAGUUCAAGAAACAGAAGAAGGAUGAAUGUUUUGGUAAGUUCCUUUCUCUUUUGAAACCAGUUCACAAUAACUUACCACUGGUAGAUGUUUUGCAGGGUAUACCCAGGUUUGCGAAAUAUGUGAAGGAGAUUAUGGCGAAUAAAAUGAGACUGACUGAAUAUGAAACUAUUGCACUUACUGAAGAGUGCAGCUCCAAGAUCCAAAAUAGGUUGCCCACUAAACUGAAAGAUCCAGGCAGCUUUACUGUUCAUAUCACUAUAGGGCAUAACAUUCAUGCGCGAGGAUUAUGUGAUCUAAGAGCUAGUAUAAAUUUGAUGCCAACGUCUCUGUACAAAAAACUGGGGUUGGCUAGUCCUAAACCUACUACCAUCAUCCUAUAG